AUGGCCCCUUCAAAUGAGCCCAAGGCCAAGGGCAAAAAGCUGGCCAAGGUGCCACGACUCAAGCUCACUCUCAAGGCCCCGGCCAAGGCCGCCCCAAAGGUCUCCGACGAGGUUUUCCUUUUGACGCUUCUCAAGGACGUCAAGGUGGAUCACGGAGCAGCCGCUGCUGCCCUCGGCAUCAAGAAGCCCGCCAGCCGGAUGCGCUUUAUCCGGCUACAACAGAAGUACGGGUUCAAGGCUGUAGGACACCGCCAGAAGAAGGAGGCGCCUGCCAAUGACGCCGAUGUCACCCAGGGCGAGGCCGGAGAGCAGGCUUCUGAGAACCGAGACGACUAG